UUGUUCUGUCGCCAUGCAGUACGCUUAAAGUGAAUAAUCGAACGAAUAUACCUUGUGUUUAUCGUCUUUGGCGAAAAUGGAGGUGUCACUUCACUCCACAGCUUGACGGAGACGCUGGGGUGUCAAAGUGUUUUUGAUUGUAUGUUUUAGUCCCGUGAGAUUGUUGAAUCCGGGGAGAAAAUUGAACUAAAAUGACGUCCCGGUUGGAGAAGGAGCGUACUAAACAAAUACAGGAAAAAUGUCAGACCUUGUUAACCCAAAUGCUUCGAGAUGAAGACAAUAAAUAUUGUGUUGACUGCGAUGCGAAAGGACCGCGAUGGGCCAGUUGGAACCUUGGGAUAUUUUUGUGCAUUCGCUGCGCUGGUAUACACAGAAACUUGGGUGUUCACAUAAGCAAGGUCAAGUCUGUGAAUUUAGACACAUGGACACCGGAACAAGUUGUGAGUCUUCAGCAAAUGGGUAAUUCCCGAGCUAGAGCUGUGUAUGAAGCAAAUCUCCCAGACAGUUUCCGUAGACCACAGUCAGAUUCUAGUCUGGAAAGUUUCAUCCGGGCAAAAUAUGAACAUAAGAAAUACAUUGCCAAAGAAUGGGUACCACCGUCUUUACCUAAGGUAAACUGGGACAAAGAACUUGAUGAAGAAGCGGAAAGACAACGUAGACGCAAAAAGGAGGGAGCAAAAAGUAGCGGGGGACAGACAGCACUACCGCCAGUAAAAAAGCCAGAAGCAGUUCCGCAGCUUCCUAAACCUCGCAGUUCUGUCAGCCCGAAAUCAACUAGAGCCAAUCCGUCCGCUACUCUAGAUUUGUUAGGAUUAGAUGCACCAUCAAGCCAAAGCAAUACCAACAGUUCAGCAUCUGGCGAUGAUAUAUUUUCUUCGUUCCUAUCAGCCCCACCAGCCUCAAUAUCAUCUUUAAACAGUGCUGCAAAUGCAACAACCGCAGAAGCGGCAGCUUCUGCUGAAAAAACUGAAGAAGAAAGCUUCUUUAAUCAGCCUGUGCCCACACCUCAAGAAAAGAGUAAAAUGACAAAAGAUAGUAUCCUGGCGCUCUAUGCCACUCCCAAUCAACAGCAAAGCAUUUUUGGAGUUUCCGCAGGAGGUAUGUAUGCUCAGCAAACAACAGCGCAACAAUUUCCACAACAGAUGACUGCAAUCCCUGGGUUUGGCCAGCAAAACAGUUUUCAAAAUCAUUCGAUCAACUCUCUUGGAAUAGUUAACCCUGUCCAAGGACAGGUGGGAAUGCAAAAUCAAUUGGGCAGUUUACCCUCCAAUCAAUUAGGUGCCCAAUUAAACCCAGCAUUAGGGAAUCACCUUGCAGGAAACAAUAUCAAUCAAAUAAAUGGUGUGCAAAAUACCGCAAUGGGAAUACCGGGCAAUCAAAUGGGGGGAAUGGUCCAAAUUGCCCAAAAUGGAUCGAAUAACGGAUGGAGUGGAAUGUUGGCAACACAGAACUUACAACCUGCUCCAGGUAGUAAUCCUUUUUUUAAUUUACCGAACCAACAACAGAGCACUGCGUUCGCCAAUCAGCUCCCCCAACAGAUGACACAACUGUCGUUAGGAGCAACCAGUUUUCCACCAGUGUCUGGAAAACCGGCUUCCCCUAUGAUGCCUGGGCAAACACUAUCGACCAACUUAUGGCAGUAAUACAGUCUACCAUAUAGAUAAUCGGUUUGUUCGUUUAAUCGAUGUUGUGCGCUCGCGUUGUUAGGCCUAUUUUGUUUCGACAUGUUUAUUCACGUUCCAACGUUGUCACUCAUCUAAGAAAUCGGGUAAGAGAAAGAAGCGCCCUCAGAUUUUCAAGAAGUAGACACAACAAUGGCGUACCAUUACAUGACGAGACACCUUAUAAUGGAAUCAAAGUAUUAUCUAACUGCAAAUAGGAAAAUCAAUAUCUUAAAACAAAUUAUCUUAGUGAUAUUGGGGUUCUAGAACCCCUUGAAGAUCAGGGAAGACCUGUAUACCUGUGCAAAGAAAAAUUUAUCAGUAAUCAAUUCAGAAAUAUAAUAAUGAAAAUACAAUAACGUUACUUCUUACAUAAAUUUAUCUGUCACUGUACAGUUCAGCGUUCGUGCCUAUAUCGUCAACUCUUAUCUAUUUUUCUGAUUCUACUGGUUAGUGAAAGAAUAUUGGUAAUGAAUUUUUCUCUAAUAAUAUUAAUAAAUAUCUACGGCAUAAACGAAAAAUCUAUUAUUCCCGUCAUUAGCGCUAUAAAUUAUUUUACACUCACAUUAUUUGACAUCUGCCAAUAACUGUAGAUAUGAUUCACAUUUAUGUUCAAGGCAGAUAUUAAUGCAGAAUGAUUGUUUAAGCUCGUGGUUUGUCACAACUCACUCGGUAUGUACAUAGAAGCCCUGAAACUACCAAGAACUAUAUAAUUCAUCGAUUUACCCUUGAGUCUGUAAGCAUACAGGCUUUGAAAUGUCAUAUCAAAGUAGAACUGGCUGAAAACUAAAAUUGAAAAACAAGAAGACUGACUAGCAAUGAAAACAGUGCGUGAACUAACACAGUAUGAGCUACUGCCUAAAGUGUCGUCACUACUAAUAAACGUGCCAAGACCUUACAAAAACAUGGAACUUGUAACGAUAAUUUCUUCUCAAAUUAUUUUUAUUAAUUUAAGAAUAUUUUACAUCACUUCACCAUGUUGACAAUGGCGAUUAAAUAGGUGCAACAUUAUUGCUUCGUAUUUUCGACUGUAUUAAUGCAGCAAACCAAAUGUUCAGGGCUAUUAACGUAAGGCUUAUCACCCUGCAAAGGGACACUGGAUUUGAGUGGAUCUCAAAACCUUGUUGACUCGAAAUUAAAAUUUUCGUACAAUUAAGAAUCCAAAGAAAUGGAAAUUCCUAUACUAACAUCUUUCUAAUACCUUGAGUAAAACGACAAUUCGAGCGGCAAACACAUGCGAUAAAAGUUGUCAAAAUUCACCUUAUUAUGGUAAAAUAUAUGUGCCCUUCUAAGAUUAAACAAUUCCAUGUACCAA